UGUUCCGACCCGCUCCCUUCAGAUUCGUAGCUCGUGCUAGUCAUGUCGCUGGUGAAGAGUGUGGUUCGGCGAAAGCGGGUGUCGGCCAAGCGUCAGUAUCACCAUCUAAAGUUUAUAGCCAAAGUCAAUAAACAGCGUAAGAAGGAGGGAAAAGAUCCGUUGCCUGGAUUAAGGACUCCUAAACCUGAAAAAGUAGCAGAGAAACCCGCAGCACGAUUUCCGUGUAGUUAUGUAAGACAACAGGAGAAGCGGAAGCUGCGUCUGCGAAAAACGAAGUGCUUCUCUCAGCACGUUCGAAAGAUUCGUUCCAGUAUACAGCCAGGAACUAUACUCAUCCUGCUUGCCGGACCCCAUAAAGGCAAGCGUGUUGUCUUCCUAAAAGCUUUAAAGAGUGGGUUGCUGCUUGUCACAGGACCUUUUAAGUAUAAUGGUGUUCCACUUCGGAGAGUAGAUCAGUGUUACGUAAUUGCAACAUCAACGCGGAUUAAUAUUUCUGAGUUUGAGAUACCCAAGCACAUCGAUGAUGAAUACUUCCGGCGUGUCGAUCUUAAAGAGCACAAAACAGAAGCCGAGAAACUGUUCAGUACUGAGACAAAGAAAUACACUGUCAGUGACACUCGAAAGGAGGACCAAAAAAUUGUGGACAAGCAAAUUCGUGCAUCGAUAAAAAGUCACCCUGAUUCGAAGAUUUUGCACGCUUACUUACGUUCACUUUUUUCAUUAGGCAAAAGGGAUUAUCCACACAAAAUGAUUUUCUAAUGUAAUUUGGCAAUAAAUGCUAGUCAGGAA